AUGCCCACACCCACCUUCCCUCCAUCAAUAUCUGAAGCGGAAGCCUCAACAAAUCCCUCGACUGAAAAAAUGGACCCAACCAAGGAAAAAGCACCUGAAUCGUCAGAUCUUGGGACUCUAGAGAGUGGGCCGAAACAACCAACAAUUAAUUUCCCGAAAACUCAAAGUGGUGACAGAACCCGAUCAUUUUCCGAUGUUUAUUAUAAAAAUCACCCGUGGCUGGAGUAUAGUGUAGAAAAUAAUCGAAGGUACUGCUUUGAGUGUAGACAUUUUGCUACCGGGGAUAUUCGUGACCAAAAUGAGAAGUUCACGAAAACGGGGUUUUUCAAAUGGAAAAAAAAGGAAGAUGCCAUUGAGAAACACGAAAAAUCAGAUAAGCACUCAGAUUGUCAUCAAAAGUAUCUGGGAUACCUAAUGGCCAACGCAGCCGGCGAUGUGCGCGAGCAAGUUGCAAAUCAGAGUCAGAAGGCGAUAAAAGAGAAGAAACAAUACUUGAGAGUACUCGCUGACAUCAUCUACUAUCUUAGUUGUCAAGGUAUGCCACUAAGAGGGCAUGAUGAGAAGGCUGACUGCGAAUAA